CUGUUUUCUCUGUUCGCUCGAGCACUCCACACCCAGGGAAGAUGUUUAUUAGCCUGCUACAAUCUAUGCAUGGUGCCUUACAUAAUACAUUCGGAGAUCCCGCCCCCUUUCACAUCAAGCAAAAAGGAGCUGUGGCUGCCUCUACUGCAGCAGUUUUGUUUUGUACGUGUAGCGACUAGGAUGUCAAGAGACAACUGAAAUAUUCUACGUAUUUUUGACAACUUGAACAAGGGCGCAAGAACAUUUUAGGAGAAGUGUUCUCUUCGGAAUUAACAAGCCUCAAGAUGAUUUUCGGCAAAUUGAAAAAGUUUUACAUCGUGUUUGACUCUCCAGAAAUCGACUCUCCCCCCGUCUUCAGCAGUGGGGACGUGGUGUCUGGAAAGGUUGUUUUGGACCUUGCAGGGGAAAGUAAAGUGGAGUCGUUGAAGUUGCACGCCGAAGGUUUUGCUAAAGUGCAUUGGACCGAGUCUCGUUCGGCUGGGUCUAGUACUGCUUAUACUCAAAACUACAGCGACGAAGUGGAAUAUCUCAACCGAAGAGAAGUGCUUCUGCAAGCAGGUAGUCAUUCACUCUUUCUCGGUGAAUGUGUGUGUGUGGGGGGGGGGUUCUCAUGGGAAAGUAUUUUGUUAUAACUUUUUAGCUUUGAAUUAUUCUGUAAUUUUUUUAAAGGUUCAAGUGUUCUCAAUGCAAAUUAGAUCGAGGUUAGUUUCACUCUAAAAGCAAUAACUCAAAAAGUGUACUCUGUCUUAAUGCAGCCAUAAAUAAUAUAAGAUAGAACAUAAUAACCCACAAAUCAAGGGACUGCAAAUACCCAUUCAAGAGUACCAGGUUUGACAAAAAUCUGUUCUCAGGACAAUGAGAAGGAACCAUCCCUAGCAAGCAGUAUAGAGAGAGGCAUGUGAUGUGUACCACCUAAAAUAAAUAUUGGAUAAAUAUGGUGCUCUUGUUUGAGGAGAAAAGGGAAACUUCAGUUGCAGUUCAUUGUAAUGAUAAUGGAACUCUGUGAUUUAUCCAAUAUUUAUUUUAGGUAGUACAUAGCUUUGGAAAGCAAAAGGCCUUCUUUCAGUAAUCAAUUAAUGGAUCAGAAGUUGUUUCAAAUCAUUAAUGCAUGUUUUAUUCAUUUAUCUUCAGAUAAUGGCGAGCUCACCCUCCUCCCUGCUGGAAGACAUGAAUUUCCAUUUAGUUUCCAGUUGCCUGAUGAGUAAGUAUCCCUUUCUGGAAUGAAUGGGUUCGGUUAGGAAUUACCAUUCAGUAAUGCACUGUAAGCAAAUGUUGAUUGCAUUUGAUUUGGGCCUAUGAUAUCAUCACAUUUUAUUAAAGAACAAAUAAGGUCUAAUCAAUCGGUGUGUUUUGCUCCAACAGGACACUGGUGACAUCUUUCGAAGGCAAGCAUGGCAGCAUCCGCUACUGGGUGAAAGUGAAGUUGCAUAGGCCCUGGGCUACAGUCAGGAAGAUCAAGAAGGAGUUCACUGUCAUUGAGCCCAUUGACAUCAACACACCAGCCUUAUUGGCCCCCCAAGCUGGCAGUAAAGACAAGAUGGCACGGGUCUGGUACCACAACUUUGGACAGGUGUCAAUAACGGCCAAGAUCGAUCGCAAAGGUUACACGCCAGGUAAGAACCAACCAUACCUUUUAACCCUAGUGGCCUGAACUAAACAAAUAGUCAUAACUAUUUUUAACUAAACCAAAUGUCAUCUCACAGCCUCUAUUCUCCAUCUUCCAGGUGAGGUGAUUCCUGUCUUUGCUGAGUUUGACAAUGCCACCUCACGCUCUGUGGUGCCCAAGGCUUACAUCACACAGACGCAGACGUUCAUCGCCCGGGGCACCAUGAAGCAGAAGCGGGCGGUGGUGGCCACGCUUAGUGGCGACGUGGUGGGCGCCCAGCGCAGGGAGACCUGGCACGGCCGCGCCAUCAAGAUCCCACCCGUCGGGCCAUCCAUCCUGCAGUGCCGCAUCAUCAAAGUGGAAUACAUGCUCAGGGUGAGUUCACUCCCUAGACAGAGAAUGAAAAGCACUUAAUUCACAUUUAUUAGGUUUUCCUUGUUGAGUAUAUGUGUCUUAUUGAUAAUGAAAGCUAAGUAGAGAUCAGUUGUUAGUGGUUUUACCCCUACUGAUGAGUCCAUGUUACUGUAGUUCUAAAAGCUUUCUCCCCACUCCACCAUUUUAGGUGUGUGUGGAUGUUCCUGGGACCUCUAAGUUGUGCCUAGAGCUGCCCCUGGUGAUGGGCACGAUCCCCCUGCAUCCAUUCGGCAGCCGCACCUCCAGCGUCAGCAGCCAGUACAGUGUCAACCUGGAAUGGCUCCGCAUGGCCAUCCCCGAGCAGCCUGAGCGUAAGUGUCUGUUUUAUUGUAAACAAGACUUAGCAUGUUCCCCAAAGCUCAAUACCAAACCCCCUAAAAAUCUCCAACCUUAGGGAAAAUGGGUGACUUAACUGUACCAUCUUUUCCUCCCCCACACAGCUCCUCCUGAUUACAGCUCUGUGGUGACUGCUGAGGAGGCUGAGCAGAACACUACAGCCCACUGUCCUGAGGAGGACCUCAGUGGGAUCAUGGAGCACCCACUUAGGGCCUUUGUCCAGGAGUUCCGCUUCCGACCCCCUCCGGUGUACUGCGAGGUGAGCUAGCACCCCUUAGAAUAGGGCUGAAUUUCUUUGAUUAACUGACCUCCCUACACGUCUAUGACCCAAUGUGCCUUAUUGAAACGUAUACCUUUGUGUUUUGCGCCCGCAGGUCGACCCAAACCCUCAGCCCCUCAACAUGAGACGUCGCUGCAUGACGUGUUGAACCAACCACUUGAGUGUCACGUGAUGACCCGACUUAAUAAAGCAAAGAGAUUUGUCUUCUCCUGGAUUACUCUCCGAAACUGGCUACCCGGUCCCAAGAUAUGGCCUCUGUUGUUGGUAGGGACUAAGAGUACCACCGAGAGGUUGGAAGAGGAGAUGGAGGCGACAGAACCUGCUUGUGGAGGAAGCCCUUUUUAAAAAGAAAGAUGGACAUGUUACAUUGAGCAAGAAAAGGAAAUAACUUCUCCCAUGGUUCCUGUCCUCCCAAGUGAUUCUGGCUCUGGAUGAGGAAACAGAGCCCCUCCCGCCAAUCAAUGAUUCCCACACAAUAAAUGUUUUGUGUUUUACGGAGUUUGUGAAAAUAUUGGGGGAGGAUCACUUUGUCUUUGUGAGGGGGAGAGUUGGAGUUGCAGAUGAUACCUAAGCCUUAAAAAAUGCUAUGUGAUAUGUGCAGCUUACAUCAGCACAUUAAGAAAUAAUCAGCUCACUUGGUGUUGAGGCAUCUGUAAUACCCAACUCCCCCUUGCCUGGUAACAUAUAGCCUAGAUGUCAAAACCUGCUUUAUGUAUUAUGACUCAAUCAUGAUGUUCCCAUGACUAUUUCUACUGUUAGUCAAGUAAAUUAGAUUUAAGUAAGCACUUAUCUGAGAAGUCAUGGUUUGGUGAAGAGGAGUAGAGUCAGUAGGUUUAGAUAUUAAGCUGAUGUACACAGGUAAUACUAUGCAAAAGGGAAUGCCUGCAAUAUCUGCAAAUGAACUGAAUUGAUUGCAUGAGAGAUUCCGAUGCAGCAGCUAUCCUCUGUAUGGAGCUGUUUAACGUAUUCUGAAUGUUAAUAUGACAGUAAUGGAUGAAAAAACAGUGGAUUUCUUUGCAUGUGGAUUAAUUGGUGUUGCGUAAAAGCUAGUUCUCUAGCACAAACCUGUGCAUAAUGUCUUCUCAGAAAAUAGAGACUAGGACUGAUUUGUUAUGACCCUUCUCAACAAUGAUAAGAGGAAGAAAAGUGUGAGUGUGUUUUGAAGCUGCUGCAGGUUUUAGAAGCAGCUAAGGAGGAAAUAUCUGAGCCAUGUGGUUUGUGCAUUUGAUUCAACCCAGAUGCCUGUGCCUUGAU